CUUCAUCCUUCAGUCUCAAGUCUCAUUACUAAGCUUGGGUACAAAAACAAAAAAAAAGAUGAAUUCCAAGGCAUUUCUGUUUCUUGGCCUUUGUUUGGCUAUUUUUAUAAUGAUAAGUACUGAGGUUUUAGCAAGGGAGUUGGCUGAGACUUCCACCACUAUAGAGGAGGACUCUAAGAAAUCUGAACACAAGAAUGAAGUACAUGAAGCCCAAUAUGGAGGAUAUCCCGGUGGGGGAUACCCUGGUGGUGGCCAUCAUGGUGGUGGAUACCCUGGUGGUGGCCAUGGUGGUGGUGGAUACCCGGGCGGCGGUCGCGGUGGAGGUGGCCGUGGUGGUGGUGGAUAUCCUGGCGGCGGUCGAGGUGGUGGUGGUGGUAGACGUGGAGGAUACUGCCGGUAUGGUUGCUGCCGCCGCGAUUACCACGGUUGCUAUAGGUGCUGCUCCUACAAAGGUGAAGCCAUGGAUAAAGUCACUCAAGCUAAGCCUCAAAACUGAUCAUCAAGUGCAGCAAUAUUGUAUUAAAACUUUUGUAAUGGCAAAAAUGUAAUAUGGUAACGCUCUUGCUACUGUAGAGCUUGCCAUAAUUAAGAAGUAUGAAUAAAAGCCAUCUUACCUUGCUGUAA